AAUGAGAGCGAGGGAUCUAUGUGAACGCAAAGCAGAAGCAACGAACCCUUCAAACUUUACACACAUGGCAAAAAGAUUCGGGACAGGUUUUCUACAAACUCAGAGGGCUCUACUGUAGCUGUUUUCAUCAAUAUAUGAAAGUUUAGAGCCAGAAGUGGGGAGAGAACCCGGAAAUAAUCCGUUUUGGAAAAAAAUACUUCGUGGUCUAUAAGGAUUCGCUACAUGACAUGAAAGAUAUGGAAGUCAUCAACAAUACCUCUGGGGUGCCAGACUUUGGUGAGUAGAGACCUUUCCUCCAACUAUACAGAGUCAUACAUCAUAGAGGAGCUCAUCAAUGACUACCCACCUCUCCUACCUGGGCCUCCUUGCCCUCCUGCUGAUCUCAUGGAUCACACUGGGGUCCAGCAGCCCAAGCUGGUACCGAGAGGAACGGCAUGUCAGCCAGCUUACCCUUUCCCCAAGCCUCAGCUGCCGUCGUGCUCCUCCAGAGCCAUGGCUCAUCCUUCCAGGGGAGCCAGUUAUUCCCGGCGGGGCAGAGAGUCUUCUUGUCCGCAGGGGUCUGAGAGCUCCGUCUGCGUUUCAUCUCAGAACCGGGGCGCUGACACAGAAAUGCUGGAGCGGAUUCUGGACAAACCCAAACUGGUUAUAAUGGAGGAGCCCAAAGAGAGAGGCAUGAGGUUUCGAUAUGAAUGUGAGGGACGAUCAGCCGGCAGCAUCCUGGGGACAACCAGCACUGACAACAACAAAACUCAGCCUGCUAUAGAGAUUCAGGGUCCCAUUGACCACCUCAAGAGGGUAACAGUCACAGCUUCCCUGGUGACCAAAGACCCCCCACACAGGCCUCACCCCCACUGCCUUGUUGGUAAGGACUGCCCCAACAGUACAGGAAUCUGUGUUGUCACGUUAAAUCCACACAGCAACCGACGUCACAGCUUUGCAAACCUUGGUAUUCAGUGUGUGAAGAGGAAAGAUCUGGAUGGCUCCCUUGACAAGAGAAGAAGACUAAAUAUUGACCCCUUUCAAACUGGUCACUCGAAGGGCAUCGAAGACAUGGACAUGAACGCUGUGCGGCUGUGUUUUCAGUGUGAGCUCGAGUGGGAGGACGGCAGAAAAGACAGUCUGAGUCCAGUGAUAUCAAAUCCCAUCUAUGACAAGAAGGCCACGACUACAUCACAGCUGAAAAUUACCUGUUUGAACCUUAACAGAGGCUCCUGCACCGGCAAGACAGAGAUCUACAUGUUGUGUGAUAAAGUGCAGAAAGACGACAUAGAGAUCAUCUUCAAGCGAGGGCCGUGGAAGGCGAGCGCAGAGUUUGCGCAGACAGACGUCCACCGGCAGAUCGCCAUCGUGUUCAAGACUCCGCCCUACCAAGAACAGGACAUUACCGAGGAGGUCGAUGUCUGCGUGGUCCUCCGGCGCCUCUCAGACCAGAUGGAGAGCGAGCCUAUUGGCUUCACAUACCUUCCACAUAAUCCAGAUCCUUACGAGGUGAAAAGAAAGAGAAAGAUAAAGUCGGACAUCAGCUUCAGAGACAAACCUUGUGCAACAGCAGCAGAAAGUGCCCCUCCAGCAGAGCAGGUUUUCCACUUCCCCCAGCCUCAAACCAUGAUGUCUACAGAUGAUCAUCCCUGUGCAGUCCAGCCUAGAGCACCUCCUGUAGUGGAAGGCUGUUACACCGGGCCUCAGGACUCAAACAAUGACAACGAUGCCUCAGCCAUCCUGAAAGAGCUGCUAGAAAAUCCUGCACUACAGGACAUUCUUGCUGACCCUAACCUCACCUCCUCCAUGCUCUCUGGCUUUGAGCAAGGGCCUGACGUCAACACAAUGUUUGCCAACAUGGAUGUGAACUUAAACCAGAACUUCGGCACUUACCCUCAGGACUUUUCACAUUUCAGCGACUGGCAGUUUAACAUGCUGGUCAACGAAAGUCAGACUCCGCAGGCAGACGCACAGGAAACCUCCGCUAACGUUGUUCAGGUGAAAACCGAGGAGGAGCUAUGAGGGCGGGGAUCGUCAGGGUCAUGUAGCACUUACACAUCAUCUCUGUCCGAUUCCAGGCUGGAGGACUAAUAACUCUUUUACGUCCGCAUGCUAAAUAAGACGCUUAGCUUAGCAUAGCACAAAAACUUGAAGCAGCAGAAACAACUAGCCUACUUCUGUUAAGGGUACAAAGUCCACCUACUAAUCUUUAUUGGGAUUUGAUCUGGUGCAAUGGAGUCCUGCUGUCAUCCUGAAGCUCCAGCCAAGAGGUCACUGCCUCAGAACAAUUCAUAAAAUGUGGGCUUUUACAGAUCAGCGUUUGCACAAUGAAAACAACAUGAUGAAAUGUGUUAUUGAAGUUUGGAGAAGCUUGUUUCUGAUUUUCUAACUAGACUAGAAGGGUUGUUUUCAGUCUGUUUGCUAAGCUAUGCUGAGCUAAUUAGCUGCUAGCUUCAAGUCCAUUUUAAUGUACAAAUAUGAUAAUGGUUUCCCAAAUUGUUGAACUUCUCCCAUUCCCCUCCACGGAUCCAGAGCCAAACAGGGAUUGUCAACCCAUGUCCGAGACUCAUCAUUUCUCUGGCUGCUUCCACUGUACAGUGUUUCUACACUUAUUUGCUCUGUUGACCUCCUACUUACCCAAAAUCUUUAACAUUGCCUGCACGCCUUGCUGGUCAAGGCUUUAGCCACAACGAUUAGCUUAAUAAUAAUAAUAAUAAUAAUUGUUAAAUGCUGCUAGCGUUAGCCUUCUAACCUUAAAGCGUAAGGUUAGAAGCAGGUAAUUGUCACAGACUAUGUGGAGCUCAAAAGGAGAAGUUCUGGACAUAUGUUACAUGGGAACACAAUAGCUAUAGAUGUCAUAGUAAAUAAUUAGUGAGUAAGACCGCAAUACCUGUCAUGUUAUCUUUGUGUGAGCUGUGUUUUGUUUGCUUGGGCAUGAUUCAGGGGAAACAAACUCACUUCCUACGAGAACCAGUCUGCAGCGUCAAAUGGAAUUAAAACACAAAAAGUUUGAAGGAUGUAGUUUCAUGUUUGCUCUCGAUUGUCUGUUCAUGUUGUUGUCGCACCGGCUGGCUUGUGUAAUAUUUAAUCAACUUAAAUGUAAUAGAAACCUGGCACGCUUCUUGUAUCAUUACUCCGUGUGUGUCACUUCCUUUUGUUCUGUGGUUUCACUCUCGUGCUAGGAAUACUAAUUGUCAGCCUGUCAUGAGUCCAAAUCCGCCCCCUCACCACAGCACUGUACUGUUAAUACUUUGUAGUUGAAAAAAUAAAAAAGGCGCUGUUA